UAGCCCUAUUCUGAUACCUGAGUGUUGAGAAUUGAGUGCCAUUCCAAUGUGGACAGUUCUACGAACUCGAUCGUGGUUGCGUUAUUCAUCGAAUUCACAGGCCCUUCUUCAGCCAUGGAAUCUAAGGUUUUCCUCUUUGACGGCCGUUGACGGCGGCGACAACCGCAAAUGCCUUCUGGAUCUGCAGGAGAUCGAGAAUGUUCUGACGGACAUUAAAGCUGACGACGUGAAGGUGAUACCCGUUCCCAAGCACUGCGAUUGGGCUGAUUUCAUGGUGCUCGCCACUGGCAGGUCCUCGUGGCACGUCAAGAACAUCGCUCAAGCCCUAAUUUACAAGGCUAAACAGAAACAGAGAGGAGUUGAACGAAUGAUUCUACCUAGUGUGGAAGGACAAGCAGGAGGAAAGUGGAUUGUUAUUGAUUCUGGUAAAGUGAUAGUUCAUGCCCUUGAUGAGAAGGCUAGAGCUUACUACAAUUUGGAGGGACUUUGGACCCCAGGGACAAUUCAAAAUGAACCUAUUGAGGAUUUACACAAAGCUUUGGUGAAGGUUCGUCGGAAAAACAAUUCGAAGAAACCUGCACAAAAGAAUGCUUAAUUGGUGUUUUGACGCAAGAUGGCUGCAAAUAACCUUUUAUAACCUAUUUUCUGGCUCUGCAUCGGAUGCAAACAAUUCAGUGAUUUGUAUAAAGAUAACUUCCUGAUCUGUCGUUUUACUUGUUCCGAAUACAGAUUUUGUCAUAUUGUCUUGCUGCAAUUUCGAAGUUAGAGG